CUAGAGUGGUUCCGUCGUUUCGUUGUCGCGGUUGUCGUCCUUCGUGUGUCCGCUUGUGUAUAGUGCCUAGAAUAGCUUGUGUUUGCUGUUCAGUGGAAAACAUGCGUUGUGCGUGGUGCUUGACGAGCAAGGCUCCAUAACCUGUCUGUUAGAGCUGUUUCUUUGAAAGCGGCCGCAGUGUGCCCGUGAAGCUUGCGCCGCCGAGCAAACUGCGCGCUGAGGCUGAAACUAGGAAGAUCACUGAAAGACGAGAUAACAGGAAUCAUCUUACCUGCAGGGCAGAAAUCAAGGCCUGACCAAUGGCUGGUUUGCCUCGGCCUGCGGAUCACCGUAGGAAAUGGGACCGUGACGAGUAUGAAAAGCUCGCCGAGGAGCGACUUCGACUUGAAGAAGAGGAUGAGGAGCCAUUGGCUCCUGUGAAACGAGACACGCUCAAGCCCAGAGACUAUAAGGUUGACCUUGACUCGAAGCUUGGGAAAACCUGUGUCAUAACAAAAACAACGCCUGCUUCCCAAGCUGGUGGGUACUACUGCAAUGUCUGCGACUGUGUCGUUAAGGACUCCAUCAAUUUCCUCGACCACAUAAAUGGCAAAAAACACCAGCGGAACCUGGGCAUGUCCAUGCGUGUCGAGCGCUCAACCCUGGAUCAAGUCAAGCAGAGGUUUGAGGUCAAUAAAAAGAAGCUUGAAGAGAAGAAGAAAGACUACGACUUUGAGCAGCGUAUGCAGGAGCUUCGAGAAGAGGAGGAAAAGCUGCGAGAGUAUCGCCGUGAAAAGCGAAAGGAACGAAAGCGAAAGCACCAGGAGUCUUCAGAGGAUAUUGACCCCGACAUGGCUGCCACCAUGGGCUUCUCAGGAUUUGGUUCAUCAAAGAAGUGAUUGUGCACGCUUACAAAAUAAAAGAAACAAGUUUUACUGCUCA